UGCACGACUCCGGCGGCGGCGGAACCUGGGGAAACUCCUGCACUUCCCGGCUGUCGGUAUCCGCCCAGCGCCCCUUACCUGUGUCCAGUAUGCCGGGACCAACCCCCAGUGGCACAAACGUGGGCUCCUCGGGACGCUCUCCCAGCAAAGCCGUGGCCGCGCGCGCGGCGGGAUCCACAGUCCGGCAGAGGAAAAAUGCCAGCUGUGGAACCAGGAGCGCAGGCCGGACCACCUCCACGGGCACGGGGGGGAUGUGGCGAUUCUACACUGAGGACUCCCCAGGGCUCAAAGUUGGCCCUGUUCCAGUAUUGGUUAUGAGUCUUCUGUUCAUUGCUUCUGUAUUUAUGUUGCACAUUUGGGGCAAGUACACGCGUUCAUAGAUUCGGCUACAUCCAUCUGUCUGUCAUCUGAAGAAGAAGGAAAAAAAUUCAACAUAUCUUGGACCAAAAGCAUAGAGAUUUUCUGUUCAUGAGAAAAGAAAUUUUCUGUAAGCUUACUAUUUCACAAGCAACUUAAGAAUUGAGUUUAAGAAAUCAAUUUUUUUCUAUGGGUAAUAAACUUUAUAAUUCAUUUAUA